UCAGCUGCAGGAGGCGCCGGGCACCAGCAGCGCCCGCCGCUCGCUCUUCGCUCUGUUGCGCCCGGGCCCCGCUCGCCGCCCGCCAUGCCGCCCCGCCGCGCCCCGCCGCCCGCGCCCGCCUGGGCCCUGCUGCUCCUGCUGCUCGGCGGCGGCCGGGCCGGGCCUGUGCCCUCCGCGCCUCUGCCCGCGCCCGGGCCGUGCUCCGCGCUGCCCUGCAGGAACGGGGGUGUGUGCGCCCCGCGCCCCGCGGCCGGCGAGCCCGGCUACAGCUGCACCUGCCCCGCCGGCUUCGCGGGCGCCCACUGCCAGCUCCUGGCGGAUCCCUGUACCAGCAACCCCUGUCGCAAUGGCAACUGCAGCAGCAGUGGUGGCAGCAGCCAGGACUACCUCUGCGUGUGCGAUGAAGGCUACAAAGGCCCGCUCUGUGAACAGGCUGUCACCAGCCUCCCCGACUCCGGCUGGCUCGAGUCCACAGUUUCUGGGCAGCUGCAGCCAGCUUCUGCCACCCAGGAGCCCGAUGUGAGCCUACCAGGCUCCCCAGCCACCAUGACCCUGCCCAUGUGGCAGCCCAAGACAGGCCAGAAGGUGGUGGAGUUGAAGUGGGAUCAAGUGGAGGUGGUCCCGGAUGUGGCCUGUGGGAAUGCCAGCUCCAACAGCUCUGCGGGCGGCCGUCUGGUCUCCUUUGAGGUGCCCCAGAAUGCUUCAGUCAAAAUUCGGCAGGACGCCUCGGCCUCGCUGAUCCUGCUGUGGAAAGUCACGGCCCCCGGCUUCCAGCAGUGUUCCCUCAUUGACGGCCGCAGUGUCACCCUCCUGCAGUGCGCCGGCGGCCUGGUCCUUCUGGAGGAGAUGCUCUCCCUGGGCCGCAACCACUUCAUCGGCUUUGUGAAUGACUCUGUCACUAAGUCUAUCGUGGCUUUGCGCUUAACCCUGGUGGUGAAGGCCAGCCACUGUGUGCCAGGGGAAGACUACACCAGCGAUGUGGAAUGCUCGGGCAAAGGGAGGUGUGCCACGAAGCCGGCAGAGGCAACAUUUUCCUGUGACUGUGAUGAUCAGUACUUGGGUGCUUUCUGUGAAGAAUUCGACGCCUGCCAGAGCCAACCUUGUCAGAACAAUGCCAGCUGUGUGGAUGCAAAUGAAAAGCAAGAUGGCGGCAAUUUCACCUGCAUCUGCCUGCCUGGUUAUACUGGAGCACUGUGUCAAUCCAAGAUCGAUUACUGCGUUCUGGACCCCUGCAGAAAUGGAGCCACGUGCGUGUCCAGCCUCAGUGGAUUCACGUGCCAGUGCCCAGAAGGCUACUUUGGGUCUGCGUGUGAGGAGAAGGCGGAGCCUUGCGCCUCAUCGCCCUGCCAGAACAACGGCACCUGCUACGCAGAUGGCACGCGCUUCACCUGCAGCUGCAGCGCGGGCUUCACGGGGUCCACCUGCGCGCAGCUAGUGGACUUCUGCGCGCUCAGCCCCUGUGCGCACGGCACCUGCCGCAGCGUGGGCACCAGCUACAAGUGCCUCUGUGACCCAGGUUACCAUGGCCUCUACUGUGAGGAGGAGACCAACGAGUGCCUCUCCGCCCCCUGCCUGAACGCAGCCACCUGCAGGGACCUCAUCAAUGGCUACGAGUGUGUGUGCCUGGCAGAGUACAAAGGAAUCCACUGUGAAUCCUACAAAGACCCCUGCGCUAAUGUCAGCUGUCUGAACGGAGGCACCUGUGACAGUGAAGGUCUGAAUGGCACGUGUGUCUGUCCACCUGGGUUUACAGGUGACGAGUGUGACAUUGACGUAAAUGAGUGUGACAGCAGCCCCUGCCACCACGCGGGCACCUGCCUGGACCAGCCCAAUGGGUACACCUGUCUCUGCCCACACGGCUGGGCAGGCGCCAGCUGUGAGAUCCACCUGCAGUGGAAGUCCGGGCACAUGGCGGAGAGCCUGAGCAACAUGCCGCGUCACUCGCUCUACAUCAUCAUCGGGGCCCUCUGCGUGGCCUUCAUCCUCAUGCUCAUCAUCCUCAUCGUGGGCAUCUGCCGCAUCAGCCGCAUCGAGUACCAGGGCUCCGCCCGGCCGGCCUACGAGGAGUUCUACAACUGCCGCAGCAUCGACAGCGAGUUCAGCAAUGCCAUCGCUUCCAUCCGACAUGCCAGGUUUGGAAAGAAGUCCCGACCUGCCAUGUACGAUGUGACCCCCAUCGCGUAUGAGGACUACAGCCCCGACGACAAACCCUUGGUCACGCUGAUAAAAACGAAAGAUUUGUAAUCUUUUUCGGGGAUUCUUUUUUCAAAGAGAGGGGCCUCCUAUACUCAUUUCAAUCUUUUUAAGAAAAUUUAAAAGCUUCCGAGAUUGAAACCGUUAGCUGCUCAAGAGUUUUUUGGUAGCACAUCAAGGAAUUAUCUGCAGCUUUUUAGUUUGGGGAAAACAUAUUUUAAACAAUGAAAUCUGUGAGAUCCAUAGCUGACGUUUCAGUGUACAUUCAGCUCUCUAAACUGUUUGCUUCAACUAGUUGUGCGCUGUCUACACAGUCACCAAACCCAGUUACAUUUCUGUGGUAGCUACAGAAUAAGUCUCAUUGAGGAGAAGUUUCUAUUGGAUGUGUGUGUGUCAGCUUCCCGAGUAGUUAGGAAACACUUGUAGUGUAUGAUGCAUAAUACAGUAUACCCGUUAAUUAAAAAAAAAAAAAAAAAAGAAGAAGAAGAAGUCUGAAAUGUUUGUUUUGUGGAAAAAAAUUUUAAAGAAGCUAGUUAAAUCUAUUAUUCCUAACCUGAAUGAAAUUAGCCUUUGCCUUAUUCUGUGCAUGGGGUAAGUAACUUAUUUCUGUGCUGUUUUGUUGAAUCUUGUGGAAACAAUAUCCUGAAUUUUUUUUUCUUUUUCUUUCUCCCCCCCCCCCCCCUUUUUUCUCUUUUGGUCAUUUUUGUAACAGUCCUCAAACGAGGCCUUGAAAAAGUGCAUAGUAAAAGGGUCUAGUUAGACAAAUGAUGAUCACACUGAAUCUCUAAUUUUCUUUAAAGAGUCAAGGUUUUUCUAUUGUGAGUAAAUGCCCUUUCUGUUGUUGUUCAUUGCUAAGAGGUAGUAGACGUAAGAGAGUCCUGGUCCCUCUCCUAGUGAGUAUUUCUCAUAGUGCAUCAUUAUUUAUAUCCAUGACAAUUUUGUGGCUGUAUUUGACUGAUAUGUGCUUCUUCUGAUACUUGCUAAUUUCAAAAGAAUAUUGAAUAAAUGUUACCAAGUCAAGGACA